CCAUUAGCGAUUUCCUUCGGGCUAGAAGUUCAUAUUACAGUUUCCAGCCAAAAGAAAAUUUUUAACUAUGGGGAUACUUAUCAAGGCGGUUUAAAACUCGCGACGGCUUUACGAAUGAGCAUUAGUCCUAUCAUCCUUUUUGACCGCAAAAUUUACAAUUAUUUUGAUUUGCCAAAAGGAUAUCAGAUUACUCAACAAACGCAGCCGUUAGCCUCUGCCGGUUAUUUGCCGCUUAUUCACGAAGGAAAAAUCCAGAAAAUACCAAUUAAAUCUCUGCAAUUAGAAGAAGAUACAGCUAAAAGUAGUUAUAACCCCGAAGGAGUGGAAUUAGACUUCAAUCGGGCGGGUAAUCCUCUCAUUGAAUUAGUCACCGAACCGGUUUUUUCCCAAGUGGAAACCGUGCUGGUAUUUGUUAAACGACUUCAAAAUCUUUGCCGUUAUCUAGGUAUUUCGGCAGCCAAGAUGGAAAAAGGUCAAUUACGAGUUGACCUUAAUUUUUCUUUACAAAUAGGAAAAAAUUACGUUACCCCGCGUUACGAAGUUAAAAAUUUGAACUCAUUAGCCAACAUCGAAAAAGCCGUAAAAUACGAAAUUGCUAAACACCAAGAAUUAUUUUUCCGCGGCGAGGAACCACCUUUGAGUCAAACACUAGGAUUUGACGAAAAAAAACAAACUACAAUUAUCCACCGGGAAAAAACUGCUUAUUUUUAUUUGCCCGAAGUUAAUAUUCCCCCUAUUAAACUCUCGGCUUGGGAAAUUAAAAAAAUUACUCGCACCAUCCCCAUUUUGCCUUGGAAGAAAUGGGAAGAAUUGGUGGCGAAAGGAAUAAAUAUUACGCAGGCUAAUUUGGUGCUUGAAAAACCCUUAUUAUUGAAAACUUGGAAUUUUUGGGAAAAAAAGGCUAUACUCCUUAACGAAUAUAAACAUUGA